UUACUAGCUGCGCUCCGGGACUUCUCUCCCGUGAGAAAUUUGGGAUAAAAAGUAUCCUAUGUGUUAUUUCAGGUUAUAUUCUACCCGUGUACCAAAUUUCGUAAUAAUCCAGUAGAUUUCACAUGAAAGAACAAACAAACGUACACACAUACAUCCUCAUAAACUUUCGUAUUUACUUGUAUAAUAUUUGUAGGAUAAAUAGGAUUAUUUUUGUGUAAAGAUUUUAAGCUUCCAAAAAAUGUUCCAUAGUAAACUAUAUUACUGGUAUUCAGUCAAUGGCGUUAAAUGCUAUAUCUCUGGCGACAAUGAGCUUGUGGCAAAAAUGACAUUUUUGUAAAAAAAAAACUUGUUAGCCUGCUACUUUACACCAAGUAAAAUAUGUUAAGGUCACCUCACGCGUCACUCACGUACGUUUCACUUGAUAAUUAUUAUUUCCAUUUCAUAGGGUAAUACAUAGGGUACUUUUUAUUCCGAAUUACCACGGGGGCGAUGCCCCAGGGCGCAGCUUGGACUAAAUGCGAAAGUUUGUGAGCAUGUGUGUGUUUAUGGUGAUUUACUAGACGUAUUUCUUAUGAAAUUGUUUAUUUUUUAUGAAAUAACUUGGAAUAAUACAUACAUGUUUUUUAUCCCGAAAUUACUAUGGGAGCGGAUCCCCGGGGCGCAGCUUGGACUGUUAUGUGUUUGUAAUAGGCGAAUCACAGUGAAUUUAAUUACGUCAAUGAACGGUAGACUGUACUCAUACCAAUUGAUAGACGUGUGUUAUCUAAUAAUGUACAGUGAGAGGAUCAUGCCUCUCACUGUAUACAUUGGGUUUCUGCAUCCCUUUCGUUCACUCAUGUGAGAGACAGGGAUGCAGCGAGCGAAAGGUUUUUGUGACUGAAGCACAUAUGUUUUAAUUGCAUUUAGAGAUAUCCUAUUCUGCGCAAUUAUCGGUUUUAAAGCACCCGUCUAUAUGAUAUUCAUGAUCUAAAUGAUUCUCACGCAAUCAAAGUUAAUAUCAUCAAUUUUCUCUACUCUAGGUAUUUUUUUACACAACACCCUGGGCGGUGGUGGUGUAAUGGUUAAGACGCCCGCCUUUGGAUCGAAAAAGGUCCCAGGUUCGAAUCCUACUCGUGCCACAUGAGUUUGUAUACCAGUCUGACUCAUGUCUUGUAGUUUUCAUCGACCACCACUUGCUUCCGGUGAAGGAAAACAUCGUGAGGAAAUCUGCACACUGGUUGAUUAUUAACUUGUGUGUGAAAUGGAGAAUGGAAUGGCAAACCACUCCAUUAAUAAUGCCAAGAAAGUUGUUAUGUGUGUUUCAUUCCACGUAUUGACCACGACCCUCGCCACGCCAUGAAUACGACUAUGAAGAAGAAGAAACCCCGGGUUCCGCGGCGUCACAGCUCUGAACACAAUCGGGAACAUGAGAAACUGUGGAAUUGAGAUUCUGAAAUAGUGAGGCUAAAUUUUAGUACAAUAAUAAAUUAUUUGUAACCGCUUCUUGUAUGUUUUACAAGCAGAUUUUUUGGGGAAGUUAUAUAUGAAAUAAAACAAUUUUAAUCACCUUGAGAAAUAAAAACGCCUAGUUUCCGUCUUUAAAACAUUUACAAUGCUAUUUUAAGUAAAAUGUUGUGUUAUAUCGCAUGAACAGGUGGAAGAGUCCUUGAAAAAGUAUUAUUUUAAACAUCAUAAGUACAUAUUAUUCUACUCAUUAUUUUUUUUGCAAAAUUAUUUUUUUUGUAUGUUGUCUUAUAACGUCAGUGCUGUUGUCUGAAAUUUCGGCAAACGCAUAUUUUAAAAUUAAUUUAUUGACGUCAAAGUGUUUGGGUAUGGAUCUUCAUUUUCAGACAUAUUCUUUAUAUAAUGCAAUGACUUUCUAGCCAAUGAUUAUGAUUUGGAUUUAUCGUUUGGCUUUUCCAACACAUUAUCUUAUUGUUAUCAUCAACGACGACCUCGGUGGCGCAGUGGUGAACCGAGAGGUCACGGGUUCGAUCCCCGGUCGAGUCAUGGAAAAUGAUCUUUUUCUGAUUGGCCCACGUCUCGGAUGUUCUAUAUAUGUAUUUGUUAUAAAUUUGGUCCCGUUGAGUUAUUAUCCCAAAACACAAGUGUCGAACUUACUUCGGGGCUAGCUCAAUUUGUGUGAUUUGUCCUAAAAUAUUUAUUUAUUUUAUUUAUCAACUACAGAUUAUUAAUUACGAUGCUUUUCAUCAUCGGAAGUAACUGGCAGUCUAUUAUCAGGCACACUGAACAGAUUUACAUGAAAUUAACAUCAGUGUUGGGAAAUCAUAAAAUUACUCGUAGAUCUUCUUUUCCUCAUAUAAGAUCCAAUGUUGGCUCAUCACGAUUAAUUUAUCCUCCCCGAAGGACCAAAUACUCCUUAAGAAAAAUUAGAAUUUAGAAGAUUGCACGAAUGUUUUUGACUAGUUCAUAUAAUUGGUACUCUAGUACUCAGCCACUAUGCCUUACUAGACGCGACGAAUAUAUAUGCCACAUGAUGCAUAUAUAAUCCUGAAAUUCUCAUAUAUAUUACAUAUAGCUAGCAUAACUAUAUACUUCAGAGCACAAUUUUCUUCCGACCUUUGACACUGUAUUAAUGAUAUUAAUAACUUCCAAGUAUCAACAAACAAUCGCAAUUAAAAACGGGUAUGUGUGAGUCUGUGGCAAUGUAAAAAACCCACGGGUUGCCGAAACCGCUUGCGUCAUUCCGUCUUGACACACCGAACUGGCCAGAUCGCCUGAACAUUGGCCGGUUGUAAAGAAAAAGAAAAAAAGUAAAACCAGCACGCGAUCGAAAAAGGAACGCGGCCAGUCGAUAUUGAACAGCGCGCGGGAACGGACGCGCGAAAAACCGCGUUGCUGUCAACUGUCAAAAUACGCGCCACAGACCAGAAAGUUUUCGAAAACGCCAAGAAAACAUCUUUGUGCAACUGUGCUGUAUCUUUAUUGGUGUGUUUGUGUUUUGUGCUGAGGAAGUGAGUACAUGUUACAAGGAAGCUGACCAGAGGCCGCCGAGAUGUUUAUUACAGAGACCUCGCCUCCAUCGCCCCUGGGCGAUGAGAAGGAGUCCAAGAUCAGCCAGAUUCAGUUUUCUGCGCCCUUCGACAAACAGGAAAACGCAAUGUGGCAAAAGCGUCAGCAGGCAGUAUGCGUGCGCCACGCGUUCAAACACUACGGCUCCAACAAGAGACCAAACCAUGUACUCAGCAAUCUCAACAUGACAGUCGCUAAAGGCACGAUAUAUGGCCUGUUGGGUGCGUCAGGUUGUGGCAAAACUACCCUCCUAUCCUGCAUCGUGGGGAGGCGGAAACUGAACAGCGGCGAGAUCUGGGUGCUGGGAGGCAAGCCAGGCACCAAAGGGUCCGGAGUCCCCGGCAAGCGCGUCGGCUACAUGCCGCAGGAGAUCGCUCUGUACGGCGAGUUCACGAUCAAAGAGACGAUGAUGUACUUCGGCUGGAUCUUCGGCAUGGAGACCAGGGAGAUCUCGGAGAGGCUGAGGUUCCUGCUUGACUUCCUCGACCUGCCCAGCGAGAACCGCAUGGUCAAGAAUCUCAGUGGUGGACAGCAACGCAGAGUUUCGUUCGCGGUGGCCCUCAUGCACGACCCAGAGCUGCUAAUUCUGGACGAACCCACGGUGGGUGUGGACCCGCUGCUGCGACAGUCCAUCUGGACCCACCUGGUGCGCAUCACCAGCUCCGGGGAUAAGACUGUCAUUAUCACCACACAUUACAUAGAAGAAGCAAGACAGGCUCACUGUAUCGGCCUUAUGCGCAGCGGUCGCCUGCUAGCCGAGGAGUCGCCCCAGGCUCUGCUCACGAUGUACAGCUGUAUCUCACUGGAAGACGUCUUCCUCAAGCUGUCCAGGAAACAGGGUCAAACGAACCAAGUGGUAGAACUGAACGUGACAGGCGGAGCCCUAGGGCUGAACAAGAUGUCGAAGCGCGAGGAGGCGCCGUACGCGGCGGAAGACGCGCAGGUCGUCGGCCUGAACUUCCACCAGAGCAAGGAGGUGCUCAUCGUGGAGAACGGACAGGCAGCGAGCAAUGGAGACGUGAGCAAUCUUCCCGGAAAAGUAACAGAAGCUGUGACAACAGAAUGCAAUGACUGUACUUCGAAUUGUUUCAAUCUAACAUCCCGCGGCAAAAUCAAGGCUCUAAUCCAGAAGAACUUCCUCCGAAUGUGGCGCAACAUCGGCGUGAUGCUCUUCAUCUUCGUGCUGCCGGUCAUGCAAGUCAUCCUGUUCUGUCUGGCCAUCGGUCGCGACCCUAGCGGACUUAAACUGGCCGUGGUAAACGACGACGUGCACGUAAUAGACGGCUACUGUCCGUUCAACUCGUCGUGCUCAAUGAAGAACCUCUCGUGCCGGUACCUGGAGCAGCUGACGGAGCACACGGUGAAGGAGUACUACGCCGACCUGUCGGCCGCGCUCAGCGCCGUGCGCGAGGGCGAGGCCUGGGGCGCUCUGUACUUCAACGAGAAUUACACGGACUCGCUCGUUGCUAGGCUCGCCUUGGCGGACACAGCGGAUGACGAAACGAUCGCCACAUCAGAAGUGGAGGUGUGGCUCGACAUGUCCAACCAACAGAUUGGACUCAUGUUGAACAGGGACAUUCAAUUCUCAUACAGGGACUUUGCUAAGGACCUGCUGGACACGUGCAACUACAACCCCAAACUGGGCGACAUCCCGAUCGACUUCAAGGACCCCAUCUACGGGAACAAGAAUCCCUCCUUUACCGACUUUGUCGCGCCCGGCGUUAUUCUCACCAUCGUGUUCUUCCUGGCGGUGGCGCUGACGUCGUCGGCGCUGAUCGUGGAGCGCAUGGAGGGGCUGCUGGACCGGUCGUGGGUGGCGGGCGUGGCGCCCGGCGAGAUCCUGUUCUCGCACGUCGUCACGCAGUUCGUGGUCAUGUGCGGCCAGACCGCGCUCGUGCUCGUCUUCAUGAUCAGCGUCUUCGGCGUCAAGAACAACGGGAACAUCGUGUUCGUCAUCAUGCUCACUCUGCUGCAAGGUCUGUGUGGAAUGUGCUUUGGCUUCGUGAUCUCCGCCGCGUGCGAACUGGAGCGGAACGCGAUCCAGCUCGCUCUUGGCUCCUUCUACCCCACGCUGCUGCUGAGCGGGGUCAUCUGGCCCAUCGAAGGCAUGCCCUGGAUCCUCAGAUACGUCUCUCUCUGUCUCCCUCUAACGCUAGCGACCACAUCACUCCGAUCUAUUCUCACUCGAGGAUGGCCGUUGACCGAUCCUGACGUGUAUAUGGGCUUCAUAUCAACGUUAGCGUGGAUCGCCCUAUUUUUAGUCGUUACGCUAACCAUUUUGAAGUUCAAAAGAAAUUGAUCACAUAUAUCUUGCGAGGUUGUAUUAUCUAGUGUUUUUAAUAAGAACAGUGAUGAAUGGGGAGCAGUAAUAGAGAUAUAAAUGAGGGUAAAUAUUGGAAAUGUGUGAUGUGUUAGACACAAUACAUGAGAUGUUUCAUUGUUCUUUCCGCAUUAUUUAACCUUGGCAUUGAUGGCAAUGAAAAUAAUACUUCUUUUUUUAAUAGUCACAUGUUUUUUUUUUUUUUAGUUUUAACAUUGAGAAAGUUUUCAAUGUGACAUGCCUCGAUGAAUGUUAAGAGUUGAAAGAUGAAUUUUUCAAGCAUAUCAUACGUUGCUCAAACCGCUAAGAACAAAUCGAUUAUUAUUAGUUCUUUAACUAAAUGAAUCUGUAGGAAUAUUUGCACCGACAUAAAAACCAACUGAAAAAGUUUUGUUCGAACAAAUGUUUUGUCAUGUUAAAACUAAAUUCUGGUUUAGCAUCAAAAUUGAAAAUUGAUUUUGAGAAAAAUAAACUUUCUUCAGUAAAAAAAAAUGCAAAAAAAUACGUUUCGCUAUGAAUAUUGCUAUGGAUUCGAAAUGACUGCUAGCCGAAGUGUAAAUAUAGCUAUAUUUAUAUUAAGUAGUACAUAUGUACUUAGAGGGGAUGUUAGCAACAAUGGUCGCGCAUGGGUAUCCCGUAGAUUUAGGGUAGGGGUUUUUUAAUAUUAACGAUGUAAGGGUUAUAAUAACAUUUAAAUUGUAUUCACACAAAAAUGUGCUAAAUUAUUAUUUUUUAAAUAUAUAAAUCUGACAUAAAGACGUCAUUAUAACAACUCUUCCCUUCAUGUCACUGUCAAAACAAUUUUAAAGAUUUUUCGUGAAAAUUAAUUUGUUUUAUCAAAAUCACUUGGCAACAUCAUUUUAAUUAAAAAAACGUUAAUUGUAAUCAAUAUCGCAAAAGUUUAUAGGUCUAUAUAUAAUUUUGUAAUAAUUUUGAAUUAGUAGGUAUGCAAAAUUACAUUACCUUACUUUGUGCGUUAAAUUGUUUCCUUUCAAAUGCUUGAUUAAUGGAGUUAAAACCUUUCUGGGAUAAGUCCGCCUUUGUACGCGUCUCUUUUUUUAUUUUACUGCUUUUCUCUGUAUGUAUUUUCUUCGUGAAAUAAAAACUUCACAAAGGAACAAAAUUAUUUUAAAAAAAUAUUGACCAUUAAAACAGUAAUUGUGUUAAAAUGAGUGUUGUUAUAACCUUGCAUCCAGUAGAAGAACAUAUGAGACCUGAUUUGAGUUACCAUAGAAUAGGAUGGUGCCAUACGAUGGUGAUUUAAAAUCAUUCAUGGAAAUAUUUAACUUUUUUCUACACCACUUAGAGGGAAAAUCUAUCUUUGUACGAUUCCAUUAAUAAAAUAAAUAUUUAUAAGUUUUUUUUUUACUUGUGUACAUCAAAAGUUUAUAUAAUGAUCAUGAAAUACAUUACAGGAACAUAUAUAUUUCCCUCUAAGACAUAUGCUUGGUCUGAAUAACGUAAUUCAAAAUGCAUUCUGGCAUAUAGAGGCUUAUCCGGUAUAUUAUAGGACAAUUAUAGGCGGAUAAUAAAACGCACAUUUUUUUAUCAUUUUUCUUAUAUUCCUAUAAUGAACCGGCUAUAACCGCUUUUUCAAACAGUGGCUCCAUCUAUUCGAUUCGAUGAUUACUUAGUUUCGGUAUGUAAAUGUACGAAUUAGAUUUACGGUCAUUUGCGGUGUAUUUAUAAAAUUUGUAAUGGCGGACAUUGCUUGCGACCUAGUAACUACAUAUAAAAAUACAGUGAAGUUCUCUUGUUUCAUUUGUUAGAGGCUAAUAUUACAAUUAGAAAAAUAAAAUAAUGCUUAACUUCAGAAUGGCUGGACUUUAUUAAUUUGCCAAAAAAUGGGUUAAAAAAAAACAUUCUUCUUUUAAAGACUACAUAAUUUGAUUGUCAAAUAUAAAGAAUGAAAACACAGUUGCUAGGUUGAAAGGCUUAAAUCCAAAACUUCGUACGUAAAAAGUUUGUGUAUUAAAUAAUUUUUGAAACGGUGCGAGUACGAAUUUUGGAAACCACCCGCAAUAUAUUAAGACUUCCGCGGGUGUAUUGAUUUUAUUUUAUUUAUUGACUUUGAACAAAUUGUUAUUGUAAUAUAGUCUAUGAUUUUGUAUCUGUAUGUUAAUUAUAUAAAUUGAAUGUUAUUGGUUUUUUUUUAUAUUUCAACGUAUUUAUAAGUGUUGGCGCGAACGAUUGUCCGAGCGUCCCUAGCGAUGUAAAAAAACAAAUUUUCGAAAAAACUAUUUCGGUUUGACGUUUUUCUGACAGCUGUCAAAUUAAGUCCCAAAAUCGACCGCUAGAGGCGCUAGUAGCAAUUCAACCGUCAAAGUAUGCCCGUGGAAGCGUUAGUUUUAGCCUUGUACAGUAAGUUAAUGAAUAGUAAGGUUUUAGACUAAGUGAGUACCGCGGCGCCGCUCGGUCUAACGACACAAGAGUUAAGUCCUUUGGAUUUGCAUGUGUCCGACUGUGAUUAUUUUUGCUAACACUGACAUUUUUGUAAUGACAAUUAUACAAUAAUACUGUACCAAAUAA